ACAAGAGACAAGUCAGAGUCGGCAACUCAGUCAGUGUAAAAAUAAUAGUGAAAGAUGGCGACUGUCAGAAGAGGCUGUGUUUGUUGUCGUAGCCGUAAAUAUUUGUUAUGAUGAAUUAAAACUUUCAUUUUAAUCUCUUAUUCAAAGUAAAUUUGGUUUAAACGUUUAGUGACUUCACUUGAAAAACUAAAGAAAAUGAUUUUAUAGCAUUCAUAAUGGAAAUUUUAUCCUCGCUUAUUUUGAGGAUAUGUUUAUUUGUAUCUUUGACAUUUCGUGCUUCAAUAGUGAGAGCCUUUGGAGAUGCAGGAGUAGAACUCAAAUUCACACUGGAGCCGCAGGACGUGGUAACGGUGGCCGGCAGAUCUGUUGUUUUGGACUGUGCUGCCCAUUCCUCAGACACUCUUCAGCCUCCAACACUCAAAUGGCGGACAGCAGAUGGACAAGAUCUCACUUUCAUAGGUGACCCUCACAGAAGACAGCUGAGUAACAAUUCCCUGCUGAUCUUGUCAGUGGUGGAGAACCAAGAGCAGUACCACUGUGUGGCUACAGUGGACAGUGUGGGCUCUAUUGUUAGUCGGACAGCUACUGUAACAUUGGCACAUCUUCCACCGUUGGAGAGGCAACCACAAGACCUGCGACUGUUUCCUGGUCAGACGGCUCUGUUCAGUUGUCUGGUAGAGGGCAACCCUCCCCCUCUGGUGACGUGGAUCAAGGAUGGCAGACCAUUGGUACUCGAUGAAACACGUAUGAUCAUCUUGCCCUCAGGUUCGCUGGAGAUAGAGUCAGUGCAAGUGUCGGACCGGGGCAAUUAUCGCUGCAACGUGUCAGGGCACGGCCAACACCGUCUCAGUGACAGGGCCAUCCUACAGGUGGACCAGGACUUGGAGUCCGCCGCAAGUCUUAUGGCCCCUACCUUCAUCGCCAAGCCCCGUUCCACUGUAGCCACCGAGGGCAGCACUGUCACAUUGGAGUGUGCGGCCAACGGGACACCAAACCCUUGGCUUGUCUGGCUCAAGGAUGGUGUCCCCAUCGAUUUAGCGGAUCUGGAUACCAACUGUAUACUUCUGGGUACUGGCAGUCUGCAGAUGAGAGAUGUGGAGGAGGAUGAUGCGGGCAACUACCAGUGUCGGGCAGAAAAUAGAGAAGACUCAGUGGAUGCUACAGCUACGCUUCAAGUCCAUGUUGCACCGAGGUUUCUGAAGCGUCCAAGGAACAAAAUUGCCAAGGAAAAGGAGGAUGUAGAGCUGGAAUGCUCCGUGUACGCCAGACCAGAUGCCAAGGUCAGCUGGCUCAAGAACGGGGACCAUAUCAAACAAAAUGAGUAUCUCCAAGUUGUUAAUGGGAACAAUCUGCGGAUUCUGGGGCUGAUGGCUCAGGACACAGGCAUAUUUCAGUGUGUCGCCUCGAACCCUGCAGGCAACAUUCAAGCCGCAGCUCACCUGACGGUUGUCAGUUCAGAAUAUGAGAUGCAAAUGAAUCUAUCGAAAAAUCCCCCCAUGAAACGCCCCUCCAUCCCCCCUGGUCUGUCAGCUCUAGAAGGAGAGGUGGAAGUGCCGCAGCAGGAGACCGCUCCACGCGACGUAGAGGCAGCCAUCGUAGGAGCACGCUUCGUCACCAUGCGCUGGCGACCUCCACCCCAGCCCCAGGGCAACAUCUCCAGCUACUCAGUCUUCUACAGGGAGGAGGGAUCCUUCAGGGAGAGGAUAGUGAACACAUCACGUUCUCGGCUGGAGGAGGUGAAUAUCCAGGGCCUGCAGCCGGAUCGCACAUAUGUGGUGCGUGUGGGAGCUUACAUGAACCACAGCCUGGGGGCAACGUCUAUGCCAGUGCUCGUGCGGACAAAGGCAGAGGUCCAUGUGCCGGGACCCCCUCGCCAUGUAACGGCCCGCCCCCUCUCCCCCACCGCCAUCAGAGUCAACUGGCAACCUCCUGCCCCCGACACGAUCACCACACCGGUCCACGGCUACAGUCUCUACUACCUUGAAGCAGAGGCCUCCGAAGAGUUUCACAGGAAUACGACAGAACUGGGCUAUACACUAGAGAAUCUGAACAAGUUCCAGGAGUACAACGUUUGGGUAGUGGCUCACAACGAGAAUGGUGCAGGAAUGGCCUCAGAAGAGAUAACUGUGCGUACAUUCUCUGAUGUGCCCAGCAAAGCACCAGAGAACAUCACGCUGGAGGCUGCUAGUUCGUCGAUGGUAUAUGUGAGGUGGGAACCACCUCCCAAGGAUGGCCAGAAUGGGGUCAUCACAGGCUACAAAGUGCGCUAUCGCAAGAAGGAUCUCAGAGGUAGAGGAGACACCCACACAACGGCAGGCAACCAGCGAGCGUUUCUUAUCCAAAACCUGGAAAAGAAAUCGAUGUACCAAGUUCGAUUGUUUGCGGUGAAUGUGAACGGAACGGGGCCACCAACAGACUGGUACAACGUAGAGACGUAUGAAAACGACCUAGACGAGAGCAUAGUUCCAGACGUACCAUCCACUAUGAAAGUAAAGCCUAGCACGGAUUCCAUCACAGUUUCCUGGACACCGCCUGUCAGUACAGAGGUUUUGGUGCGAGGAUACUACAUAGGAUGGGGCAAGGGAAUACCUGACAUGUACUACAAGAUUUUGGACAGCAAGCAACGGUACUAUGUCAUUGAGGGAUUGGAACCAAACUCCGAGUAUGUAAUCAGCUUAAGAGCCAGCAACAAUGUGGGAGACGGACCGGCCAAGUACGAGUCUGUCCGCACCAGAGACGAGGCACCUCCGGAGCCCAUGACUCCUCUUAUCCCUCCGGUCGGACUCAAGGCCAUUGUUCUCUCGUCUAGCACAGUCGUCGUCUACUGGACCGACAGCACUCUCUCACAGAGUCAGCUGGUGACAGACAAUAGGUACUACACAGUGCGUUACGCCUCCUGCCACCACUCAGGCAACCCUCGCUACAAGUACUACAACUCCACUGACCUCAACUAUAUGAUAGAUGACCUCAAACCCAACACCCAGUAUGAAUUCACUGUCAAGGUGGUCAAGGGCAGGAGAGAGAGCCGCUGGAGUAUGGUGGUCUCGAACACUACCAUGGAGGAUGCUCCUUCUUCUCCCCCACGAGACCUCACUGUGGUAGCUGUUGAUGGCAACCCCACCAUUGUUAACCUCAACUGGCAGCCUCCUAAACAACCUAACGGCCAGAUCACUGGUUACGUGGUUUCGUACACUACAGACAUGUUCAACAGAGACAGGGACUGGGUGGUAGAGGGUGUGGUCGGGGAUAAGAUGACUACUAGUAUCAAGGGUCUUACAGCCAGCACAACUUACUACUUCAAGAUACAAGCUCGCAACAGCAAAGGCUACGGACCCAUGUCCGGUAUAGUCUCCAUGACGACCAAUUCAGGCUCUGGUUACCGGCCCUAUGAAACAGGACAGUCAACUAAAGAUGGACGGGGAGGUCUCAGUAACAUGACUCUCCUGCUGAUACUGCUGGCUUGCUGUGUGCUGCUAAUAGCAGGUGUGGCUAUUGGUAUUGCUAUUGUGUGCUGCCGGAAGGCUUCAGUCUCACAAGAUCGCAGCAAGAAAGGAUACACCAAAGGGAACACAGGCAAACCGGGUGCCAGCAAUAUAAAACCUCCAGACCUCUGGAUUCAUCAUGACCAGAUGGAUUUGAAGAACAUGGAAAAGUCCUCACAAGGGUCUCUGGACGUACCUUCUUCUGCAAGAGAUCUGGACAUUGAUCAACCCCGUCAGCCCACGAACUCUCUGGACAAACGCACAUAUGGAACUUCUUAUAUAGGGAAUGCAUCACAACCACUUCUUCUGCCAGAAGAAAAGUGCUCAUCUGCUCGCCGUGCUGUUAAACCCAAACCAAUAGCAUUACCUGUAGAAAAUCAACCUCUACGAGAGCCCACUGCAACUGCUACUACUCCGAUUGGUCCUGCCGCCGGCCUCUUGACCGUGACAGAUGCCAGACCUCUGUACCCUCGCACUCAGUACUCCAUCUCACGAGCCCAUGUCACCCUGGAUCCUGCACUUGCCGCAGCAGAGAGUCCUAUUAUACAGAGUGGUGGCGGUGGCUAUGAAAGUGUGGCAGGUUCGGGUGCCCCUGUUCCUGCCCCCACUCAGACUUCCACCUAUGGAGUGACAGGGGAGGGUACAGGCAGCUUGGGGAAGCGACUUCAAGGCCACCCACUGAAGAGUUUCAGUGUACCAGCACCCCCACCCCAGUCCGCCCCUUCCACACCACAGCAGAAACAUGUUGUGACAGUGCGGCCCCAAGGUUCUAGUCCCUACAAGAAGGCUGGACACUAUACAACGCAGGGUCAGGCACAGUCACCUGCCCCUACAAAAACACGACCUUCUACUCUAGAUGAUUCACCUAAACUACAACCAUCUUACAGCACGGAGGAGCUGAACCAGGAGAUGGCCAACCUCGAAGGACUCAUGAAGGAUCUCAACGCUAUCACCGCCUCAGAGUUCGAGUGCUAGUGCAGUGCCGUGUGACUGUGAAUGGACCAUUGUGUUGUUGCCUUAGACUCGUAAUCAAUGUCUAUGCAUUUCACUACACCACAUGCCUCACAAAACUACACCAAUAGCAAUUUAUUUUUAGGAAGGUGAUAUUUUUUAUAAUCACAUUUUAUAUCUUAGUGCGUUUGACAACCUGGGCUGAUUUCUGUUCAUAGUUCCUAUAGUUAAGAUCCACUUGAACUUUCGUUUAGUUCGGCUCUCCCCUAUAGAAAUGUUUCCUUCAAAACAGAAUAUUUUAUUUUGAAACCUGAUCCAAGCGAAUAGUAUUUUUUAAUUUUAAAUGGUGGCUUUUGCCCUUAAAAUAAAACAUUAAUGCUAAUGUAUCCCUCAAAUUAUUUCAUGUAAUGUAGUGGGGUGUGUGAAUAUUUUAGUAUUAUUUGUAAAAUAAUGUAGUGCAAUACUAUGAGUUUAAUUCAAGAUGCACAAACAAUAAGAAAACAAUAAAAAUUUACAAAUGGACAAAUUUUUAUACGCUGCUAUCGCUCAACUUGAAUUUGUAUAUUCAAAUUAUAUCCAAUACAGAAAUUUUCUGAAUUACCUGUGUUAUGUACAAAAUACGAACUUCAAUAUGGGCAAUAAAAUAGGAAAAUUAACAAAAUUGUGAUUUUGAUUGCUAAAACAAUGUAUAUAUUUAGUUUUUGCAUACAUUAAUAAGCAUUUUGUAAAAAUCAGUUGAAUACUCACUAAUAUUAUUAUAUUUUAAAUAUAAUCUAAAUGGCCUGGUGAGUUUAAUAUCAUCAGUAUUCAAUGUGUCCAAAGAAGCAAAUUUUGUGGAAACAGCUGUUUUGUAGACAGCAUUCAUAUUAUUGCCUAGUGGUUACAGCCAAUGGUAUAUGUUGUGGACAGAACGUUUUAGAUAUUUACUUGAAAUUGUAUCUAAACUGUAUGAUUUUACAAAUAUUUGUUACAAUCUCAUAUUUUAAAAGAAAUGUAUUUAAAUAUAUUUGAAAUUGAAUUGUUUUAAUAUAUUAAACUAUAUUUUGUAUCAUUAUAUUUUAUUACUAGUCCAAGUAUUAUGUUUUUUAUUAUUGAUCUCAAAAUUACAGAACGCUUUAUUCAUAUAAUUUACCAAGCAAACAAAAGCAAGCACAAUUUCUGAAAUGUACAAUAAAUUGGUAGUUUAAAUAAAAAAAGUUUGAUAACUUUGGUUAUUAUAAAUAAGUUAGCAAAGGGAUAACUACAUACAAUAAGUCAGUCCACCGAGGAAACAAAUAACUUGCUUGUAAUUACAGCCCUCUGCUGUUUUUACAUUAUUUUAAUACUUUGUAUUUGGUGAUAUUUUAAAAUAUAUUUAUUCAAUCUAUAUGUUCUUACCUACUUAUAGUACAGACAUUGAAAAUUUAUUUAUCUACAACCUUUAAUUUAAAACACAACUUCUUAAAAAUACUGUUUACUACUUACAAUAUUAGUGUAAUGUUUUGUAAAACAAUUCACUUAAUUAGAUUUAAAUGUAUCAAUUUAUCCUUUGUGAAUGUAUCAAAGGAUAUAUGCCGUUCUAAAGUCAAAGGAUAUAUAUAUAUAUAUAUAUAUUAUUUUACUAGCAGGGCAGCAAGCUAGUACCAAUGUUGUGAAAAAUUCAGUAUAUGUUACCCAAAAUAUUUCAGCAAUAUCUAUUGUAAUUUACCUAAAUCAUGGUAUGUAAUAAUUUAACGGAUUUGGAAUUUAAACUGAGGUAAACAGUUGUGCAUGAACUGUAUGCGAAUAUUAUUAUUUUAAUAAACACAUAUAUUCUUUCCAAUUUUUCGGACUAGAAAGUUAUGUUGCAGCACUUCUCCGAAUGCUCUUCAGUUCUUUUAUUUCUCAUAAAUUAGUUUUUAUGGUGUAAAAGUUUACAAAAAGUAUUAAUACUUCAAUAACAUGUAGUGUCGGGCAACUUUUAUUCAAAUCCAGCCCUUAAAUACCACAUAUUCAAUAUUCCGCUGACUAAUGAAUACAUCUUGAAAGAAAUAGAUACAGUCACAUCUUGGUGACUGAAACCUCAUUAUUUUAAUAAACACAUAUAUUCUUUCCAAUUUUUCGGACUAGAAAGUUAUGUUGCAGCACUUCUCCGAAUGCUCUUCAGUUCUUUUAUUUCUCAUAAAUUAGUUUUUAUGGUGUAAAAGUUUACAAAAAGUAUUAAUACUUCAAUAACAUGUUGUGUCGGGCAACUUUUAUUCAAAUCCAGCCCUUAAAUACCACAUAUUCAAUAUUCCGCUGACUAAUGAAUACAUCUUGAAAGAAAUAGAUACAGUCACAUCUUGGUGACUGAAAUCUCAUUAUUUUUAAUUCUGUAAAUGAAAUUUAAUAUUCUCUCGCAUAGAAUCGGAAUAUAUUAGAGUCAUUAAACACAGUACAAUGCAAUUCACGUAGCCAAAAUAUGAAAUGCAGCUGUCCAUAUAAAAGAUUUUAUAGGCCUAUUGAUAAUUAUCACAGUAUAAAUUGGACAAAGUCUUUUUCAAACUCAUCAGUAGCGUUAUAGGCUUUAUUUUUCAACAAUUCUCUAUUAUUUGCUUUCCACAUUCCUGUAUGACAUUCCCUAUAGCUUUCCCGUGCUAUUUUUACUAUAUAAUUUUAAGUAUAUCCUCAGUAAGAACCAAACUUUUAGAAAUUGAACUUUUGGGAGUAGUCAUCUGCAAUUAAAAGUGACAAAGUAUUUUUAUGUUGAAACUUGCGUACUUUACCCUGCAUCAUAUUCUACAGUACCAGUUUAGAUCGGAAGUUAAGCCUAUUUUUCAUUACUUUUACAAAGUAUGCAUCGGUUUGCUCGAAGACCAUGUUUUGUUUUAUUGAGUGAAGCUUUACACAAUGAUGAGAUUUUUGUAAAACAAUACCUAUGAGGAAAAAAUCUGUUAUCGAAGCUGUAAACACAAACAUAAAAGAAAAUAUUGUGUUUCAAAGGGAUACUUUCUACUUCUCUGACAAUUUUGAAAAACAACAAUACAUGCGAAGCUCUGUGAUAAAUUUAUAUUAAUUACAUGUUUUCAUUAUUAAAUUUAAUAUUGACAUGCUCCAACAAUUGCUUUCACUAAUGUUUCAUGUUCUAUAAAUAUUAAAUCAGUUCAUAAUAUGGAUAAUCUAGCAAUGACAAACUUCACGGAGGUAUUGAAGCUAGUAUGUAUUGGGUAUAUCCACACCUACAUGGUGAGCUCCUUUUUUUUUUUUUUUUUUUUUUCCCUUCUGAGGGAAGAGGACACUUUGUCCCCACACUUAGUCCUAAAAGGACCUUUGCGCCUCCCUUACUUUUAUUUGUGCCCUCAAAAACCGAGGCUUUUGCAAAAACCAAUCAGAUUUAAGGGCUCCUGUUCUCUGAACUGAGCUCCUUAUUGGAAACCUCUAAUCUUUGAAGUUUUAAAAUUGAAAAAUACAUUUGUAUUUAUGUUGUUUCUCACAUUAUUUUAUUUAUCAAGCGAUCAUAUAAAUCGUUGAAAGGAUGUUUUUGUUCUUGUGGUUUAUUAUCUUUCUGUAUCAUUUAUUAUGUUAUUGGCCAAUUACUGAUUCAAUGGAGUAUUAAAAAAUAUGAACUAUAUGUUAUAACAGAACACAAAGACUUAUUUAUAUGUGAUUUUUUUGUCUUAAGUGUAUAAAUACUAAAACGUAAUGUAGCUGGACAUCAACUAGAUGUAAUACAUCGUAACAUUCCUAUUAUGUUGCUAUUGACUGGACUGAUUCCAACUUGUUUUGUUACAAAGAAAGUUUUCAAUUCAGACAUACAAAGAAUAUUUGUAGGCACCAUUCUUUGUUUGAAUGUGAUUUUAUUUAAACUAGAGAUUCUCAUGGUAUGAAAUAAAUAUAGUGAUAACUUUUCUUAUACUUUAUUAAAGUGGUAGUGUUCCACUUACAAAUACAAAUACGAACCUCUUUCAGGAAUAGAUCAGGAAUAUUUUAAUUUUACUAGUACUGAUGAACUCGAUUUUUUAUUUAUCCCUUGUGCUACAUAGUACGGUUCUGGGUAUUAUAGUAAUUAAGAUUCAGUUCCAACAGAAACUAAAACAGAUUGUAUUGUGAUUGUCCUUCAAAGCUCUAUUUCUAUAUUUUUUACUGCUGUUUUACUGAAACCAACUUAUAUUCUCACAAUGGAUCAGUAUUGCUUCUGUAAGCUUUCAUGGUACAGGAAAAUCACUACCAUAUAUUGUCUCCGCCUUCUUACUUUUUACUAAGUCAUUUCAUUUCCGUGUGCAACCAUGUGUGUGUUUUAUUAAAUUACAUUUAGAAACAACUAAUACAUUUUAAAAUUGUAAUCUUAUUUCUCUUGAAUACUUGUACAUUCAGGCUAUUGCUGUCUGUAGGUAAAACACUCGUCCACAACUCGAAUCAAGGACUGAUACUGAUUAGACUUGAUUAAAAUUCGCAACUUACUAUUUACUUAUUGGAAAAAUAAAAAGGCAUUUUUAUAUGCAAGGUGAGAUAAAAAGACUGCCUCUCCACCUUAACUUUCAAAUAUUAAAUACUUUGAAGUACCAUAAACGUAUCAGCUAUUUAUAACACCACUAGAUAUUGUUUUUGAUGGGUUUAAAAACUGCACCUUCCCAAAAUGGAAGAGAAGACCUGAUAAAGUGACAACUUAACAAAUUAACCCUCUGAGUGCCAAUGCUAAUUGAAGAGCAGCAACCAAAAUACACUUAAUACAUAAAUAUCAGUUUUGGUGUAGUAAGGACUGUUAAGACUAAACCCAUUAUACAAGAAGCCAGUUUUUUUUACCCUAUCAUGAAACACUUCUGUUUUAAUGGCCACGAAAGAAUAUGGAAGUAACCCAACACUUUUUGUAAGAAUUACUUAUUUUGUAAAACCUUAAUAGAAAGCCCUUUACGAUACAAAACAAAUUAAAAACCUCCAGGCCAAAUUUUUUCCUGGUAUUCUUUGCUGGCUCAGAUCCUAUCUUUUAGAAUAGAGUUUUUUUCAUAAAUUAGGAGUGCCUCAAAGCUCCACUAUGGGACCUUUUUUUAAUUAUGAAAAACAGUGAAUUACAUACUUACUGUAGUUUAUUUUGCCAUUUUCCCUCUAGUUGAAUCUCCACACGUCACAGAUCAAUUAAAAUGGAUAAUUGUUGCAAGAUGGAUUAAUUUGUCAGCGGCUUUUUUUUAGUCACAAGUCAGUGACGAAUUAACCUUGCAAAAGCCGUCAAGGAGUUAAUUUUUUAGUUGUCUUACUCCUUCAUUUUGGAUAAGGUCAUUUUAAUUUUGAGAUCAAUAACAAUCAACAUCAAAGUGAUGCUAUUUUAAAUACUUUUAAGGAAAUCUUGUGUCUAAUCAAAGUUAAGAUGGAGUGCGUUUAAUCAUUCUGUAUAGAAAUGGAGCUUCACAUAAUUUAUCGGCAAUAUCCUUUUAUUGAUGAUCAGAUUAAAAUAGCUGGGAUCUUACCCAUCAGGUACGAAUCAAGAAUGGAAUCAGUCCAACUACUAUUUCUACUGUUUGUAUCACAGUCAUUCAAAGUAGACUGUGUGUGUAUGUGUGUGUUUUAGCUGUGUCAAACUGUGUAUCUGUUUUUAAUACAUCACUGCCACCUUCGAACUCAGGAGAUUAACUUUUAAAAUAGCUGUUACAAUGUUUAACACAUGUUAACCUUGUGCUCUGGAUCAUAUGUGAGUUGAUUUGUUGAAUUUUGUUCUCUUUAAAGUUCCAUGGUAAUAUUUGACUUCCGAUAUUGUAUAUUUAAUAUUUUUUUUAUUCAAUGAGUCAUCAAGUUUGCUAAUAUAUCACAAUUGUUGUAAUGUAUGUGUAUUGAAAACAUGUUUCUCAAGGACAUCUUGUCACUAGAAAUAUAUUUAAUUAUGGUUCAGCCUAUUUUAUUAAAACUAUAAAUUUUAAAAUUUACCCUCCAAAUGCUUUUGCCAAGGAAGUAUAUCUAACCAAACUAUAAAUAGUUUCUUCAGGUAAUAUUAAGACCAUUUGGCAACUAAUAUUGUAGAAGAUUUCCAUAGAGAAAAAAUUCUAUUCAUUCCCUGAAAAUAAAACAAAAGGUAUUGUUUUUGUGGUUCUAGUUAUAAGCACAAUAAGCUUUAAAUUUAAAAAGUCAGCUAUUUUUUCAUUACACAUAAUUUUUGUAUAUACUUUAAAGCAAUAUUUUAAACCAUUCAGUGUAAAUUUAUUGAACAUUAUAGAUAAAAUCCAAUAGGCCUACUAUAAUAUUUAGUCUGAUAACUUCUGUGUGCUACAGUAGAUGAAUUUUCCAAGUCUUUCAACUUAUAACAGUGUAAUUAUUGCAGCCAUUUGUGCUACCCAUUGUAAUACUGAAUAAGUUAGUAUUGAGCCAUUUGGAUUCAGAAUAAUAACAGUAACUUAGUAUAAUUUACAAUAAUUAUGAGAUACAUUUCCCAUGUUUAAUAAGGUUGGGCACAAAGCCUUGCAAGGUUUCGGGAAUUUGGAAUUUUAGAUUUAGAAGAACUAACAUAUGGUUAAUUCUUUUAAAUCUAAAUAUGGGUACCCUAUAACAUUGGUCUACCGUACUUGUUCUCCAGAACUUAUGUGAAACUUGGUUUCAAACCAUACUUGUUCUGUUAAAAAUAUAAAAACUCCAAUAAUAAACUGUAUUAUUGACUGUAUCAAUCAAAAUGUAGUGAUUACUUAGGUAUGCCUUACAAGUGACUUUAAUUUGGCAUCCAGUCAUCUUUGUUAACUUUUAUUAGUUUUUAUUACUAUAUUUCUUUCAUGUAUACAUUUUGCUUAUGUCAUGUAAAAGACAUCAUGUUAUAUGUAUUAUAUAAAUGUAAACGAUAUAGAAUGUUAUUUAUAAUUUGAUUGCAUGAAACACGGUCACGUGGCAUCACUAUGGGUGCUAGAGGCGUGACUGUGACUGCGACACGAGUCCAUAGCCAGUAGUAAUAUACUUGAUCACCACAUGAGUAAAUCCCAGAUUGUAAUUUGAUUUUCAAAACGUUCCAUAAACAUUAAGUAUUUGUAAUUAGUUUAUGUCAUGUUAUAUUGUUUUCUUAGAAAAAUGUAUUACCUGUCAGCUAAUAUUACUGAUAUUUUUUUAUUGAAAAGUAAAUAAAUAUUUAAAAUUAUUAAAUUUUGCUAAAGUAAUACAAUUUUAAGUCAGUAACUCCUUAUUGGUUCUGGUGAUUUAUUUUUAAAAAAAUGUUGAUAAGGUUAAAUGUUGUAAAGACUGGCCUUGGACACGUUAAAAUGCAAAUGUUUUACUCGUUUUUGAAAAUAUUUCCUUUUUGUUGUAAUGUCAGAGUGCCAUCAAAUAUCUUGUAUUAAUUACUCUAUCUGUAAAUUACUUUUUCAGAUUGAAUAUACAAUUUGUGUGUGUUGUGUGCUUGAAGGAUUUUAAUAUUUAGUUCCAGUAAAACUGUAAAUAUCUUUUAAGUAGUCUCGGUGUAAAUAAGUGUGGAUGUGGUCCACAACAUGCUGAAUAGCGAUAGUGAUAGCGAAAACGAUAGCAGCUAUAACGCCUGACGUGUUUGCAUCUGUUACUAAAGCACUGUACUCUGUCUUGGUAGCGAUUGAAAAGUCACACUUUUGUACAAACUCAAUUAUGUGAUAAAAUUGAAGUUUAUGUAUGUUGUAUACCUUGUAAGAAUUGCUGUCAAGUACGGGAGCAAACCAGAAACAGCUGGAGGAUUACAACUCUUUGUAGACAAAUUGUUAAAUUUCAGCCAACAGAGUUCAUCCGUUAAGAAUUGUAGGUUAUAAUAGUAGCCCUAAGGUCUUUCAGACAGUGCAGAACAUUUCAGUAUUAUUGAGCUACAACAAGGUACAUUGUUCUUACCGUUUUUUUAAUAAUUUGAUAAAUUUUAUAAGAAACUAACUGUUUUUGGAAAUAUAAAUGUCAGUAGGCGUGAAGGACAAAUUUUCAUCUCAUAAACAUUUUUGAUUUUUUAGUCAUUCCUCUUAAGUAAAGUUUAGAUUAUCCAAGCUUCCUUCAACUAACUUGUUAUCCCAUAAUCAAACAUGGUGCACGAUUUUACUAAAAGAUAUUCAUUCUUCCUAUUUUCAGUAGAAACUCACUUAAUUUGCCUAUCAUACCAAUAACACAAGUGACAAUAAUAAAAGUUGGGAGUUGAUGUUCAGUAGAAAAUACACAGUACUGUCCUGAAGUAAAAAGUACAGAUCUCUCUUUAAAACACGGUAGGAGCCCCUACAAGUGACUCAUAUAUAUUACAAAUGUUCUAUUCUUUGUGAAAGGCUCUAUUAGUAUGAAAAUUGACUGAUCUCUUUUCUGACAUUGUAAAUAUUUCCAAGUUAAGUUCGUGAUUGCAGAUUAUGAUCAGUAAAAGUCCUAAAAAGUGAAUAGUCUCUUUCUUUUUACCUUGUAAACGAAAUUAUAAAUUGUAAAAUCUAGUUUAGCAUAAACCUUUGUAAAAAAAUAUGUGGUAUUGCCUCUAGCUUGAGGUACGUGAAACCAAAUAGAUUUGUAAAACUUAUUUUUGUUGGCUCAUCAACACGAAGUUGACAAUUAUCUUCUAAAUUGCUGUUUAUAUGUUGGUGCCUUUUAAAUUAUAAACUCUGUCGUUUGUAAUAGAAACCCACUCGUUUUGUAAUGAAACUUCAGCAUCGUCAUGCAACAUUAACUUCAAUCAUAUCAAUCGAUAUUUAUUAUAACUGUUGAACGUUUGUACUUCUUUAUUUAAUUCCUAAAAGUUUUGAUAUUACAUUUUAUACCGGUGUUUCGCUUUAUUACAGUGUACAAGUAAGUCAGUCUAUGCUCAACACUAUUGUAGUCGAGGACAAUACUCGGGGAUUGUCGCUCUUCUGUCUGUAUAUUGUUUAAACAGAGAUUAAGAAAUGUGACUGAUAUUGUCGUUUUAUUUUGAUUCGAAUCAUCGCAAUGGUUGUGGCUGCUCGGUCCAUUUCAUGUUACAUGGAAUAAACUAAGAAAACCUGUAAUGUAGCUAGAUAAACAUAAUUGUUUUAUAAGUUUAGUAAUACUACUAAAGAAAUAUAAGAAUGAUUUUCUUGUUUAUGUAAUUGUUGCUAAAACUACUUAAUAACAUAUCAAUAUAUUCUUUAUUGGCAAUAGAUUAAAUCAAUCCAAUUUUUGCAAAAAUUUUAAAAAAUUUCUUGAAUAACAAUUAUUAAACAUUUUUCCAAACUACAUGAUAAUAUUUUAAUUAUUUCUCAAUGAAUUUAAAUUGCAUUCAACCAUUUGGCAUGAUUUGUAUCAAAAUUGAACUCGGUAAUGUAACUUUUGUACUAUCAGCGCUUUUGUCAUGUUGUAUGUAAUACUUAGUGUACAAACUGUAUAGUUUUAAUAUUUAUGAUAUGUAAUCGACUAGUUUUGAUUUUCGUGCCUAAUCAUUGAUGUCCCCACAGCAACGCUGUUGUAUUACAGUAUUUUAUAAUUAGUUUAUGUUGGUUUUCAGAUAUUUUACAUAUAAGAACUCAGUUUAACAUUUAAUAGCGAAUUACAUGUAAGUUCUGUGUCGGUCUCUUAUCGGAUUAUUAUAUUUAUCAAAUAAUGAGUGUUUAUUUUUUUACUUAAACUUUGGGUUGCUAUUGAUUUUGUCACUUUUACAACACUAACUAUUUAUUUCAUCACUUUUUCCCACUGAUCAAUUGAUAUAAAAUAUAAACUUUUUAUAAACUUUAA